ACAAAAUCCCGCCGUCUUUGUGCAUAAUUCGAUACCGAAACAAACCAUCACCAGCUUGGCGCCGACUAGCAUACAUAGUACCUACUCGAACCACCACUUCUUUCCCACCACCUCGCGCGCCAUCACGCGCAACCACCCUUCUCUUCAAAAUGCGCAUCUACCUCCUCCCAAUCUCCACCCGGCGCACCCUCCUCUACUGCCAAAAGCUCCAGCCUCCAUCGUCCGCUUCUACGUCCACAACAAAACAAAAGCAAUCAUGGGGCGACUACAUCCAAACCAAAGCAGCUCUCACCUGGGCCUCCUGGGAAAAGAAGGAGUCCGGCUGGCAAAAGGCCGUCGCCAGCUACGGAAACCAAUUGCUUAGGAAGCUGCCAUACGAAGAAUGGGCCUUGAAGAGCAUGCCACCCUUGACAAAGUCGCGGCAACGACAACUCGAGGCCUUGUUACAGCAACAGGCGCAGGCGGAGGGAGAUUUCGAGAUGGAAUCAGGGGAGAAGGGAGGCAGCAAGAGGGGGAAAGCGGAUGUGGACAAAGUAGAGGUGGUGUAUCCCGGUGGACUGAUCAAGGCGGAACAGGUGCCGAGGAUAUUGCACAAGCUGGCGACGGAGAGAGAGGGCCAUCACAAGAAGUGGUUCUGGUGGUGUUUGGCGGGGAUGCCGGUUACUAUUCCCAUUGGUAUCCUACCUUUAGUCCCCAACCUCCCCUUCUUCUACCUCGUCUACCGCGCCUGGUCCCAUCACCGCGCCCUUGCCGGCGGCAAACACAUUUCUUUCCUCCUCCAACACGCCUCCCGCCUGUUAUCCUACCACCCCUCGCCCAUCCUCGACGAGAUCUACUCCACCCAGCGCUUCCCGCUCCCUUUUACUUCUGAGCCGACCACGGGGCCCGAAGCGGAAACGAUCAAGCACCCAGAUCCGGCCAAGGUAGUCCAGGCGGUCAAUGGUGGAAACACCACCACGGAAAAGACGGAUGGGGUGAACAUGGGUCAUGUCCUGGAACAAAGGGAAGUAGAAGACGGUGAAGUCUUGCUUUUGUCUCAGGAGAAUGCAAAGAAGAUGGUCCAGUUGCUGGAGGUGCCUGAGCUGGAAGUGGAGUUGGAGAGAGCGAUCUGGCAGGUUGAGACGGCGGUGGAGAAGAAGAACAGGGAGAUUGGGGCGGAGGCUAAGGCGGAUGAUACCAAGGAGGUGAAGGAGAAGGAGAAGGUGAAGACGCAGUGAGGCGUCAUGAGGAAUCAGAUGGAAGAAGACGUCUAUGAUGAUGUAUGAUGCGUGGAUGAAAGAUUAAGUUUAGCAUUUGUAUGACUAUAGAGGGACGGAUGAUGGCAGCAUUUAUUAACGAGCAAGCUGGAGUAAACGGUUAGAGGAGAAGGUG